CUUCUUUCAUGUUAAUGAUGUGAGCAUGAUUGUCAUGCAUCAGUUUUGCUUGGUUAUUUCAGUGUUAUACUCAUCAAAAGAAGAACUCCAAAAUUCUUCCCAUGACUAUUGGUGCUCAAUUCUCUCUUCUAGAAAAGAGGUUGAUCAACUUUCUGUCAAAAUUGAUUGGUUUCACGAGUACUUAGAUUUGAGAAGCGCUCUUAACAUUUACGGGUUCCUCUUUAAGUUUUCAUCCAGCGCUGAGCAUGAAAGUUCAGAUUCUAACCAUGGAGGUUCACCCCAAAAUAUUAUAGCCUGGAUCAGAUUUGUCACUUCUUGUUGUCGGAUAAGGAAUACAAAAGUUUUUUUCACAACUGUAGAAGCUGAAGAGAUAGUUGAAGUUAUUAUAUGUCUAUUCCUAGAUCGUCGGCUUCAGGGGUUGUUGGUGCUUUUAAGCGACUGCAUGCAAGCAACCGUCAAUUACUUCACUGACCAAGAAUGGUGCACAAGUUGUGAAAACAGAGCGAAGUUCAUCGCUUGCAGAGUCUCGAAGGAUUUGAAUUGUAUCCAAACUGUUGAAUGUGUUUCAAAAGAUAGUUCUCGUUAG